CCUCCCGGUUAUUAACCACCCGGGUGUCGCGGGGGAAGAAGAAGGGGAGAGAUGGCGGCGGCACACGCCUGAGAGGAGGGAGGGUCGAUGGUGGUUUCUUUUCUCCCCACCCUCCCCCCUCGAGGCCGUUUUAAAUUCAAAUCCCUCAGGGAGAAAAAAUAACGGUUUUAACCGUCACAUGAAGUUGUGAGGAUAUUUUUUAAAAAACACACAAGAUAAAUAUAUAAUUAUGGGCGUGCAAGGAUUUCAGGAGUUCAUCGAGAAACACUGCGCCGGAGCCGUGGUGCCGGUCGAGCUGCAGAAGUUGGCCCGGGCCGCCCGCCACCGGGCCUCGGGCCCAAGGCAUGGGCCUUACGCGGCGCCGCCGCCUCCUCCUCCGCCGCCGCCACCUCCGCCGCCCAGCCCGCCGCCGCUGCGGUUGCUGCUCGAUGCCGAGACGGGCCUGCACCGCCUGUACGGCGGCUACUUCACCGACUGGGUGAGCGGCGGCCAGUGGAACCAGAUGCUCGGCUUCCUGGCCUCGCUGUCCAGGGCGUGCGCCGGCGGCGGCGUCGAACUGGUCGUGGCCUUCAACGGCUCGCUGGCCAAGGCCCGGCUGCCCGACUGGGUCAAGCGGCAGAACCAGGAGCGCCAGAGCGCGCAGCUGAUCGUCAACCACGUCCGGCACAAGGGCACGCCGCCGCCCAAGGUCUGGUUCUUGCCGCCGCCCGGCCUGGCGCACUGCGUCCGCCUGGCUCUGCUCCGCUUCCGAGUCAAGGUAGUUCAGAGCAUCGAGGACCACCACCAGGAGGUGAUCUCCUUCUACCGUGAGAAUGGCUUCCACGGCCUCAUUGCCUAUGACUCCGAGUAUGCCCUGUGCAACGUCCAGUGCUACCUCAGCGCGCAUGCUCUCAAGCUGAGCUGGAAUGGCAAGAGCCUCACCACCAACCAGUACCUGAUGCAGGAGGUGGCCAAGCAGCUGAAUGUCAACCCCGCCCACUUCAGCAUCUUUGCCGCCCUGCUGGGUAACCACAUCCUCCCAGAUGAAGAUCUGGCUGCUUUCCAUUGGAGCCUAUUGGGCCCAGACCACCCCUUGGCCUCUCUGAAGGUCCGAGCCCACCAGCUGGUCCUGCCACCCUGUGACGUGGUAAUCAAAGCCGUCGCACUGUACGUCAGCAGCGUCCCCGAUGUCCGCGAUCUCGAUGCUGUGGCCAAGGACGUCUUCAAACACUCUCGGUCCAGGACAGAAGACAAAAUAGAACGAUUCAAGCGGGCUGUGGAGUAUUACGCUACUGCAAGCAAGCCAAGGCCGCUUCCUCUUGGACCCUCUCCAUUCCUCGGUUUUGGGCCCAGCCAGUUUGGGAUGCCCCCCUACGCAAAUGCGCAUAUGCAAGCAAUCGCGCAGCCCAAGCCGCUGUUUCCGCCACCACCCAUGAUGCAGAAGCUGCCAUACCAGCCCUUCGCGCCAGCACCAGGUAUCACCUUCCCCACCUCCCAGGGCCAGCUAGUCCAUGGUCCGCACUUUGACCCUGGCCUGGCCAAACACGAGUUCCAGCGCCCCUGCAAGCAGCUGGCCGACUGGCCUGGGCCAGCACCUCCGCCGGCUGCCAGGAUCUCCAACCAUGCGCAGGCCAAAGAACCAGCGUCACCUCUGCACAACUCAUCGCCCUCGUCUUCCUCUGAUGUGGACGAACAGAGCGGAAGUAACACAGCCAACCACCUCGUCGGCCAGUCCUCUCAGCACAAAGGCAACUGGGAAGGCGCCAGCCCAGCUCCGGGUGCAAGCCGGAGCCCCGAGAAAAACAUCCCUGAGGGGCACCCCGAUGCCAAGACUGGAAGCGAGCACACUAUGUCCCGGGACUCAGGCACUACCCCGCCGAACCCCACAGCCCACAUACCGUCGCUGCUCUCCAUGCAAACCAGGAACCACAUGGACAUCACCACCCCACCGCUGCCCCUUGUUGCCCCCGAGGUCCUGCGCGUGGCAGACCACAGGCACAGGAAGGGUCUCAUGUACCCCUACAUCUACCAGGUGCUGACAAUGGGUGAGUUGAAGCUUCCCGUGUGCAUCGAAGAUGAGGCCAACAACGACUUGCCUCCCGCCACUCUGCUGUACAGAUCAGCCCGCCAGUACAUCUACGGAGUUCUCUUCAGCCUGUCCGAGACCCAGCGGAGGGCUGAGCGCCUCGCCUUGCGGAGGAGGAUCCCCGUGGAAGUGCCCCCUGUCAUAAUUAAGGAGUGGUCGGCCUACAAGGGCAAGUCACCCCAGACUCCAGAGCUGGUGACGGCGCUGACCUUUCGUGAGUGGACCUGCCCCAACCUGAAGAAGCUGUGGCUGGGCAAGGCCGUGGAGGACAAGAACCGGCGCAUGAGGGCCUUCCUCGCCUGCCUGAAGUCUGACACGCCCGGCAUGCUGAACCCUGCCAACGUCCCCACCCACCUGCUGCUGCUCUGCUGCGUCUUACGGUACAUGAUGCAGUGGCCAGGAAGCCGGAUUUUGCACAGAUACGAACUGGAUGCGUUCCUAGCACAGGCUGUCUCUUCCAAACUGUACGAGCCAGACCAGCUCCAGGAACUUAAGAUCGAGAAACUGGAUGCUCGUGGGAUCCAGCUGGCCGCCUUGUUCAUGAGCGGUGUUGACACGGCCCUCUUCGCCAACGACGCCUGUGGGCAGCCCAUCCCCUGGGAGCACUGCUGUCCCUGGAUCUACUUCGACGGCAAGCUUCUCCACAGCAAGCUGGUGCGGGCCACCCGCGAGAAGGCUCCCCUCAUCGACCUCUGUGAUGGUCAGGCAGACCAGGUUGCCAAGGUGGAGAAGAUGAGGCAGAGCAUCUUGGAGGGGCUCAACCUGGCCCGACAGCCCAUGCUACCACCAUCAAUGCCCCCGCCAGCCUUCAUGCCCCCCAUGAUGGCACCCUUCUACCCCAUGCCCAUGUAUGGCCGCUCCUUCGGGCCAGUUCCGCCCCCUCAGGGCCGGGGGCGGAGUUUUGCCGGCCUCCAGCAGAUCUCGCAGGGAGGGAAGCUGGAGAUCGCCGGCAUGGUGGUGGGGCAGUGGGCGGGCAGUCGGCCAGCUCGAGGCCGGGGGUCUCUCAACCUGCAAGUUGUCUCUGUUGGGGGCCACGGCAGAGGGCAGGUGAAGGACGCGGCAGCAUCCGGGAAGGGAGCCCGAGGGACCAGUGGUAAAAAUGGAUCAGCAGCCUCCACUGAAGAUAGCCAGCAAACCCAUCCGACUGUGCCGAGUGAGGUGCCUCGACCCUUCACCCAGCAGAGCCCCACGCCAGAGGAAGAGGAGGAAGGUGAGGUGGAGGCAGCCUCUGAGCCGGCUCCGAGCCCCGCCGACGGCCCAACCCAGCUGAAUGGGAGCACGAAGGGGGAGCAGGAGAGCCAACCUCCCGCACUAUCGCCAAGUGCCUUAAAGAAAGACAGUGACCUUUGCAAUAGUAUUUCUCAGUUCAAUGCACUAAAUACUGACGACAGCUGCCACUGGGAACAGAAAGCGGCCAGUGCCGUGCGGCAGACUGAGGAGUAGAAGCGUGGUUUUUUACUUGCUCUCUCCUUUUGGUUUUAAAAAAAGCAGAAAAGGAAAAUGCGUGCUUCCAAUUAGAAAAUUACUGUGUACCAAACUUGAACAGUUACCACCAACUCCCCUGCCCCUUCCUUGCCAAUCCCGUCUCUGGCCUCCGCAGGACGGGAUCAGCUGGUACCUUCAGCUCCAGCGUCAAUGGACUGUAUCUGGAUAAGAUAUCCCAGGACUUGUGUGUACGUGUGUCCGUCAGCCUCUGCUCCCCUCCCUCCCUUUCUCCCUCUUACUCUCUCUCUCACUCGUCCCUCCCCCCGUCUCUUCCUCCCUCUAUCUGUGCUGCUCACCCUCCUGCCACUCCCUCUCUGUUCCCCCCACCCGGUCUCCCUACAAGUCUUCUACGUGGUCUUUUACCCUCAUCUUGCUUUGCUCUUUCCAGCAAAAUCCAUCCCACGAUCUGAAAUUACGUGCCCCCACACAGACAAACCCGCCCCACAUAACUGUCAGAAAUGCUGGGACUCCUUGCCCGCUCAGGUAUGCCCUGAGGCAGUCGCUGCCCAAAGUGGGCUUUCCCAUCAUUCUCCAGACCCUGUUUCCCACUUCCCAGUGCUGCCGCUGCUUUCAUCUUCACCGGUGUAGCUGGGAGGAGCAAAGCUGGGUGCACAGACACACCCUCACCCUGGUGCUGGGUGGUCAGGCCUGGCAUCUAUCACCGGUGUAGCUGGGAGGAGCAAAGCUGGGUGCACAGACACACCCUCACCCUGGUGCUGGGUGGUCAGGCCUGGCAUCUAUCACCGGUGUAGCUGGGAGGAGCAAAGCUGGGUGCACAGACACACCCUCACCCUGGUGCUGGGUGGUCAGGCCUGGCAUCUAUCACCGGUGUAGCUGGGAGGAGCAAAGCUGGGUGCACAGACACACCCUCACCCUGGUGCUGGGUGGUCAGGCCUGGCAUCUUCACCGGUGUAGCUGGGAGGAGCAAAGCUGGGUGCACAGACACACCCUCACCCUGGUGCUGGGUGGUCAGGCCUGGCAUCUAUCACCGGUGUAGCUGGGAGGAGCAAAGCUGGGUGCACAGACACACCCUCACCCUGGUGCUGGGUGGUCAGGCCUGGCAUCUAUCACCGGUGUAGCUGGGAGGAGCAAAGCUGGGUGCACAGACACACCCUCACCCUGGUGCUGGGUGGUCAGGCCUGGCAUCUAUCACCGGUGUAGCUGGGAGGAGCAAAGCUGGGUGCACAGACACACCCUCACCCUGGUGCUGGGUGGUCAGGCCUGGCAUCUAUCACCGGUGUAGCUGGGAGGAGCAAAGCUGGGUGCACAGACACACCCUCACCCUGGUGCUGGGUGGUCAGGCCUGGCAUCUUCACCGGUGUAGCUGGGAGGAGCAAAGCUGGGUGCACAGACACACCCUCACCCUGGUGCUGGGUGGUCAGGCCUGGCAUCUAUCACCGGUGUAGCUGGGAGGAGCAAAGCUGGGUGCACAGACACACCCUCACCCUGGUGCUGGGUGGUCAGGCCUGGCAUCUAUCACCGGUGUAGCUGGGAGGAGCAAAGCUGGGUGCACACACACACCCUCACCCUGGUGCUGGGUGGUCAGGCCUGGCAUCUAUCACCGGUGUAGCUGGGAGGAGCAAAGCUGGGUGCACACACACACGCACCCUCACCCCAGUGCUGGGUGGUCAGGUCUAUCAGCAGUGCAGUAUCCAUUCCCCUCCCAGCAGUGACUGACACACAGACACACAGUGUGACUGCCCCAGUGACAAGAGUCUACAAUUGGAAGCACACAUUUUUAUUUUUAAUUUUUUUUCUCCCUGAAGAAAGAACUUAUCGAAUGGCCUUGUUAAGGGGCAUGAAUGUUGUGAAGAAGUAGCAGAUUAAUUUAUUUUUGGUCUGCCUGAGACUGAGGACAUUUUUUGUGCACUGGUAGUGUACCUACAGCUAUAAGUGAGAUUUUAUAAAGGGGGGUGCCAGGUGACACAUUCCCUUUGUAUCAAACUUCCCCAAGAUCAACACCUUUUCUUUUCCCCAUUUGGCCAAACCUUGGGAGCUCAGUCGGCUGGGAAUGGAGAGCGAGGAACGACGAGACUCCUGUUCCUGAUGGCAUUCCAGCUCUCGGGAAUCUGCUGAUGCUGUUCCCCACCUACCAGGCCUCUGGAAUCAGCCGUUGUUGCCCAACUGGGUCUCAGUUCUCAGGAAUCUGCUGUCAUUCUGGACUGGAUCUCUGGAGCCUGCUGCCGUUUCCCAGUCUGGAUCUAGGGAACUGGCUGCCAUUUUUUUCCCCCAACCAGGCCCUGAAUUUUGGGACUCUCCCACCAUUCCUGUGUUGGGUCUCGGACCUCAGGACUCUGCUGCCGUUCCCAGUUUGGAUCGAGAGAACUGCACGCUGGUUUUUCCGGACCUUGGAAGUUGGCCACCAUUCCUGACUGGACCUUGGGAAUCUGCCACCAUUCCCCUAAGUGGGUUUCGGGAACUGUGAACCUGAGCUGGUCACUGUAUCAAUCCCCUACAAGCAAUGGAGUCAGCUCCCAGCACCUGGAUAAUGCUGAGUCAGAGGAGGCGAAAGGGAGGCUUUUUAAAUUGGGCACCGUUGUUUGUGCCCAUGCAGGGCUUGACUCCCUGCGGGCUGUUAGAAUUCCCUCUGGGUGUGAAGUAGUCAGCUGUCAGGAGCCCCCCCCCAUUGCCUCCCUCACUCCACCUCCAAGAGCAGUCAGCUGUCAGGAGCCCCAAUUGCCCGUUGCUUACCUUCCUGCCCUCUGUAAUCAGCACCACCCUUACAGAUCUGACCAGUAAAACAAAAGCUAGCAGCAAGUCCCUGGGAAAUGCACGAGGAAAGCAAUGGAGGAACUCAGCAUCUGUGAAGGGAACUGUGAUGGUCAGCCAUUUCUGUUCCAGUUCCUCCAGCACCCUGUGCGUUGCUCCAGAUUACAGCGUCUAUAGUCCCUUGUGUUCCCUGCACUCUCCUGCCCACCAGGCUGGCUGGGACUUGGCCCUUCUUUUAAAAGAAAAUGCAAUAUGGAUCCUUUUAUUCUCUUGUUGCCACGGUUUGAUCCCUGUGCUUCAGAUUUGAGUGUUUUAUUUUCCUUCUGAAAAGUUAAAAAACACACAACACACACAAAAUGUUGGAGGAACUCAGCAAGUCACAGAUGAAUGAUCCACUCUCCCUCCUCCUGGUGGGGGGAAGGGGACCCCUGUGCUCUCCACUUCACAGUACUCUGUGAAACCUGAGACAGAUUUCUUGUCAGGCGAGGGGAAGCAGGGUUGGACUUUUCUGUCUAGUCCCACACCUGCUUAAAGUCCCCUGGGAUGCUUGGGACUUGUUUUUUUGUAAAAAAGCAGUGUUUAUUCUCUGGUUACCACAGGCCCUACGUAACACACACAAAAUGCUGGAGGACUCAGUGGGUCAGGCAGCGUCUACAGAGAGCAAUAAACUGAGACUCUUCAUCAGAACUGGAAGGGAUGGUCCUUUCUUCCCACGUCCUUCCCAGUCCUGAUAAAUGACCUCGGCCCAGAAUGUCGGCUCCAUGGAUGCUCUCUGACCUGCCUGCAGCAUUUUGUGUGUGUGAGCUGCUGGAGGUUUCCAGCAUCUGCCAGGCUGUGGUUAAGACCCAGCGCUGCGCGUUACCAUCUUAACCAGACCCAAUGGCGACAGGAAGGCUUAUUUAAUAUGAAGAGGCAUUACUGAGUUGCCACCUCAAUGUGGGCAGGUAAUUGCUUGCAACCACUCCCUCCCCCUCCCCUCCCAAAACACACCAUUGGCCAUCCUUUGCCCUCUCUUCUGAGGUGGUGCAGAAACUUCUGUUCCCUGUUCCCCACUCUCUCCUCACUCCCAGCAAGGCAGGAGCAGACUGCUUCUUCACCUCCCUUGUUCAGGCUGAGAAAGAUCACUUCCCUUCCAUAAGUCAGACGAUACUGGAAGGUGAGGAGUGGCAGAGAUCUGCAAAACCUCUUCUCUUCCCCCCUCCCACUUUAAAAAUGAACCAAAAGUUCCAUUUGUCACUCGUCCUUGUGACCCAUCUUGCAACGUCUACAGCAGUGUGGAAGGGGAUUGGGAUUAGAGAUGCCUGUUAGCUGUGAUUCAAUUGUUCAGUCUGAAUCCAAUUUUGCUUUGUUCUUCCUCCACUUUCUGUUGGGGGGUGGCAGUCAAAUAGAUUUGUUAUUGUUUUAAAUUGCAAGCUCCAGCCCCAUUUUGUGGGGAGAAGGGAGUGCCUGAGGCAUCAUCCCCUCUUCUCUCUUCUCCACCAUGGAAAGCACACCUUGGAAUGGCAUCUGCCAUUGCUGGUUGAUGGAGCCCAAGUGGGCAGUCAUAUCCUGUGACUCCAUACUGCAAACUCCACUCUCCUCUUCACAAUUAGUCUCUUGACCCUUAAGCAGAGGGUGCUCCCACCACCUCUGCUCUCCGACAGUGACGGACCAGUGCCCUGUGCAAUGAAUGGGAGCACCUACCUGUUAUCAUAUCUGGCAGAUCUGUACCCAGCAACUUCCCUUGCAUUAUACAGUGACAAACGAGUCCCUUCCUCACCGAUACCUCUCCCAAGCUCCACGAGUGAUACCACGGCCACCUUACAGAGGGCGACAGAACUCUGCCCAGUGACCCUGUACCCUAGUGUUAUACAGUGAUACCUGUCCCCCACCAGUACUGCGGCCCACAUGUACAAUGACAAACCUAUCAAUCCACCAACACUGGUUGUAUUAUUACAAAGACCCAUACUCUACAAUAAUAGACAGAAUCCCACCAGAACUGUACCACGCAUCAGUGCAAGCUCUCCAGUGACAAAUUUGGGCAAGACUACAUCCAAUAAGGGGAAGGAGAGAGACAGGGACUGCCAAGACAUACUCCUUGACGAAUUUUUACCAAUUAAUCGUCCUAAAUGAGAGGGUCUCUGAAGUCCCCAAGUGUUCUCGCUUUCCCCACUGCAUCACACUUUAUUUCCCUUUCUCUCACCCUCACCCUCCCCUCUCCUCACCCUCCCCUCUCCUCACCCUCCCCUCUCCUCACCUUCCCUCUCCACUAGGUUAACUCACAGUCUGUUCCAAAUAACUGACAUAGUUUAAUUAACUUUCUGUGCAAAUGAGCUAAAUGAACCUGAAUUGUAUCGGGUCAGAAAUGAGACAAGACCGAAUGAAACAACAAUUUCCUUUUCCGACAUGUACUCGCGAUCAGAGCACACUAAUCAUUUGUCUGGUUCUCUCCAUGUCACUAAUAUAUGCAUGCUAGCACCCACUCUGUGGUGUGUGCUUGUGAGUGUGAGAGUACACGUGUGUUCAUGUAUGCAUCCAGUCUCUGAACUUUUCAUUUUUCCCAUUGAAACGGGGAGCGGACGUCCCGCAAAUCCUCAGCUCCCUCCUCCAAGGGUGAAGGGCUUCCAAGCACAGAAUUUCCCUUCUAAACUCACAAAACCCUUGAGGAAAAUGCCUUUGCGGCGCUGCGGCUUCCUAUUGCAGAGGUCGGACAUGUCCACAUCUUGCAUGAGCAAGCCCCCUUUCUGUCCUUCAAACCCCCCUUCCCCCCCCCCCCACACACACACACAACAAAAAUAUCCAGCGAUAAUUCUUGUGCUUCGACAUCAGAGCGAGUCUGGAACCCUGAAUUUCCUUCCUGCUGGAUUUAUUUUAAUAUAAAUUUUAUUAACUAACAGCAGUGAAGUUCAUGAGACAUUGAAUCACUUUCAGUAGCAAUCGACUGAAAUACACACUUGGAUAUUGACUAUUAAUUUACACAAGAUACUAAAAACUUGAAGUCGGCGUAGAUUUUUUUCUAAAAAUAAAAUUUUAAUGAUAUGUAUGCUUAAAAACCGGCAAAAAACAAAAUCGUUAAUCCCUGUUGUAUAUCCUUUAUGAUUCUGUUUGUUCUUGUUAACCUUUAGUAAUCGAUUUGAUAUUGUCCUGUUCUCCACAGUGCAUUGUCAACACAAGGUUUAUAAUUUUCUUUGCUGUAAUGAAAACAUUAACUUGCACCAAUAAAUUUUUCUCGUAAGCCAUCCCUUCCAUCCCAAUCCGACGAGCAAACGUGUUAUGGGUUUUCGGAUUUAUCCCCUCUCCUCCCCUUACCCUUCAACUAAUUUCUAAUUUGUUUUUAAUCUCCCACCCCCAUGGAAUUUGUACGCUUUCAAAUAGUUGACGUAAGCAAAGACAAAUGUUGUUCAAUAUCGAGCCCCUCCCCAUUCACUCUUGUGUUUUAUUUCUAUCUGUGUACGCAUUAUAAGCAUUUUGUGAGGUGAAGUUGCCCCCAUGGUUACUUAAAGAUGAUUUAUUUUCUCCCGAUUCCCCCCCCCCCCCCCCAAUGUUUGCUUCCCUGGAUUAUUGCCUCCUGUCCCCGCUCUUUAUCAUGUCAUAGUGAAUAAUGUCCAGUGCAAUCCUUUCUCCCACCCCCCCCCCCCAAUCCACAGGCAAAAUAAAUCCCCCUUAUCUCCCAUUGCUACUUAGUAAUUGUAUCGAUGUUAUGUUGAGAAUAAGUGAUUUUUUUUCUCUCUCUCUCUGAAGGGAAAACUAUUGAGGGGAACUGAGUAGUUGUUGAUGGUUCAAGCUGUGCUGUUUUAAGGGUGGAAGAUACAGUGCUUAAUUAAUAAAAAGUCUAUUCUUUUAGUAUA